UUUAUUUAUUUGCUCCAUUUGCGCUACUGCAGGACCUCCCCUCUCUUUCAGCUUCUCGGAGAAGCUGUGAGACACAUCAGGUGCCAGAUCCUUUCUCCAGGCUGUGAACCCUCUGUCUGAAGCUCAGCAGGUCUUCUGAAGGGCUUGGGCUGUAGAGCUGCUGCUGAGGCUGAGGCUGAAUGAAUGCGGAUGGGGAGGGAAUCACCCUUAUAAAAAAGGGAAGGAGGGACUGCUCCUCACCAGUCGGUCUGUCGCUCAUCCUACGGGCUGCUGCUGCUCCUGCUACUACAGGGCAAUGGACUUAACAGAAGAUAUGAAACAAGUGCUGUGAAGAUCGAGUGGAUAUCAUCUGAUGCGCACAGGAGGAGGAGAGGGAGGAGGAGGAGGAGGAGGCGGGAGAAAGAGAACGAGAGAGCAUUAGUUAGACAGAAAGCAGAAGGAGAGAGAAAGAAAGAGAGAGAGGGGUACAGAGAGAUGGAGCAUUAGCUAGGGAAUGAGAGAUAGCAGUGAGUGAGUGACUGUGUGAAGGAAAAAGAAAGAGAGAGAGCAAAAAAAAAGAAAGAGAGAGCAGUGAGUGAGAGAGUGAGUAAAGGGGAGAGUGAGUGAGUGAGUGACUGAGUAAAGGAGAGAGAGAGUAAGAGAUAGAAAGAGUGAGUGAGAGAGUAAAGGAGAGAGAGAGUGAGAGAGAGAGAGAGAGAGAGAGAGAGAGAGAGAGAGAGAUUGGAGCAGGUGAUAGAGAGAGCCACCCAGUAAACCUCCAAGGGGCUGAUCUCCAGUCUGAUUGCGCGCGUGCGGGACAGCACACACAUACACACCUCAGUCCCCCUCUCUCUCUCUCUUUCUCGCUUGGUUUGUGUGUGUGUGCGUGUGCGCAGACCACGCGCGUGAGGGUGUGAGUGUGUGCGUGUGCGCCGCCGUGUGCGCGCGUGUUGCGAUCAUGGUGCCAGCCGCGUCCGCGCGCCCCGGACUCCUCCACGCCAUGCUCGCGCUGUGUCUCCUGCUGCUGGCGGGCGCCGGGCAGCUGUGCCUCGCGCAGAACGACACGGAGCCCAUCGUGCUGGAGGGGAAGUGCCUCGUGGUGUGUGACUCGAACCCCUCCUCGGACGGGGGGGUCACCUCCUCGCUCGGGAUCUCCGUGCGCUCCGGAAGCGCCAAGGUGGCCUUCUCCGCCGUGCGCGGGACCAACCACGAGCCCUCCGAGAUGAGCAACACCUCCAUGACCAUCUACUUCGACCAGGUGCUGGUGAACAUUGGCAAUCAUUUCGAUCUGAAGGCGAGUGUGUUCACGGCGCCGAGGAGAGGCAUCUACAGCUUCAGCUUUCAUGUGGUGAAGGUGUACAACAGACAGACCAUACAGGUGAACCUGAUGCAGAACGAGUACCCGGUCAUAUCGGCCUUCGCGGGAGAUCAGGACGUCACGCGGGAGGCUGCGAGUAACGGAGUUUUGCUGAUGGUGGAGCGAGACGACCGGGUGUAUUUGAAACUGGAGAGAGGAAACCUCAUGGGUGGAUGGAAAUAUUCAACGUUUUCUGGAUUUUUAGUGUUCCCUCUAUAACUGGGUUCUAAAGAAGAUAAAAAAUCCCAAACCUGGCAGCGAGAAAAUCCAACACACAUUACUGACAAAAAGAGAAAAACAAAAGAGCAAAGAAAAACACGGACUUAUGAACAUGUGGAGUUUUAUUAUCUAUAUUAUUCCUGCAUCCAGAGGCCAGCGCGCGCUCCAGGAUGACCCAGCUAAGACGCUGGCGCGUGCGGGCUGCUGGAUUUUAAUCGUUGGGAGGGGUGGGGGACCACGCAGCUGACUCUGAUCUGAUCUGGACAGCUUUACUCUCUCUUACUGUUCCGUUCAGGACUCGAACCCUGAACUGCGCGCGCGCGCGCGCGUGUGUGUGUAAUCAAUGCUUCACGUCGUGUGUGUGUGUGCGCGUGUGUACAGCCUUAAGUGGAGCUGAGGACGAUCCAGAGACAAGAGGAAGUGCUUUUACAGCCUGAAGCAUUUUUUUUGCACGAACGGAAGAUCAAGUUUUGUGGUGUUUUUUCAUGGUGUUUCGUCUGGAUGCUGAACAUACUCGGACACAAUGCCAAACCGUGGGCCACCUACUAUACAGUGAUUAUUAAAGAUAGGAAAACAUAUAUAUAAAUAAACAUACAUACUUACUUAUUCAUAUAUAUAUAUAUAAUCUACCAAUGGAGGUAUCUUUAAAAAAAAAAAAACUUUUACUAACCGUCUAUCUAAUCUCUAAAAAAAUCAUAAUCACAUGGUGUGUGCUGCUACAUUCCGGAUUUGCGUAACUUUGACUGAUUUAGUGUUCAGUGACAUUGAUCACAAAUGUGCAUUGUGGGGAAAAAAAGAAGAAAAGAAAAAAAAAAAGAAGAAAAAUCCCUAUAUGAUGUCCCGCCUAAUAAAAUAUUGUAUUGUA